AUGGAUGAAGCAGUGCCACUCGACCUCCUUGCGGUCGCAAUGGACCCUCUCAUCUCGUUGAGGGACGGGCACAAUUCAAGUGCUCGAGAGAGCUGGGUUUACCAACCAAGGGUCUACAGAUCUCUUGAAGUGUUUGUUGCUGAUCGAGUUGGGGACCGAGGGCCUUGUACUUCUGAUCCAAAAUUACCUGGCGAUCCUUAUCGGUUUCGUUUCUCAGAUGGCUUCUGUGUGUCAUUACGCAUUACGUGCCCCAAACCCAGCGAUCCCGAUGCGAUCAAAGUGGAAAAAAUCUCUCGAGUGGUUGAGUGGAUCAAGUACCUUUCCACCAACACAAGUAUUCCUAUGCCGCACAUCUUGUCUUUUAGCAAGGACGUGUCUGACGUCCUUCCGAUUCUCGAGGUACCCUUUUACUUGGUGGAAUCCAUGAGGCGGGGAAAGUCUCUGCGCAGUUAUUUGAUCGCACUACGGGAAUCUCAAACCGUUUCAGCCAACAGGGCGAACGAGAUUCGGUCCAAUAUCUACGAGCAAAUUUCUAAAUAUUACCUCGAAUUGCGGCGUUUGACAAUGGACCAUAUAGGCUCCGUGAGUGUAGACAGCUCUGGAGAGUUUGAAGUUACCAAACGCCCAUUCACGGGUAGUAUGGAAUAUCUCCUAUCGCAUAUCCCCAAUUAUCCCAUGCACGAGUGGCCUGAAGAGCCAUUCAGUACCGCAGAAGAUUAUUUCUGGUUUAUGUGCGAACAAAACAUGACCGCUCUUUGGGGUUUGCGUACCCUAGGCAUACCCAGACGACUGAACCCUGUCGCUGACGAUGUUUUUGCACAAUGGGAAGAUGAGGACUUCAACCUCGAUCCAGGAAAGGUUGCCAAGUGCGCCCGGCUUCGUUUUAGGGCCCGGCAUGGUUUCCUCCAGCUUAUCAAAGAGUUUGCAACGAGGGAAGAAUAUUGCAAUGGCCCCUUUGUGCCAGCCAUGCCGCACUUGGACUGGGAGCUCUUUCGUGUCGAUUAUGACCGAAGAACGGGGAAAAUCAAUCAUCUCUUUGAACCAGCGACUAUGAAUUUCUUGCCUCUCCCAUUUCUAUGCAUACCGCCUCCAUGGCUUACUCUCAAGCCGGUGAUGAGCUACAUUGAUAGAAAUAAAUUCGGCUCUUUUAUCGAGCAGUAUGAGAAGGAACUACCAAUGUUCCUAGAAGCUUUGAGAACCGUGGAAGAGCGGUUAUCAGACACAGGUACCAUCCUAGAAAAUGAGAAGCCGUUGUCAACUCUCAUGCUCGAGUCUUGGGAAAAUAAGAGUUUUUGGUUUCACUAUGCUCUUGAAAACAUGGAAGCUGUCGAUCAGUUGUACUAUGCGGUGCUCUAUCAACUUCACCCAGAAGGGAAACCUUUUGAACUGUCACCAGCUCUUGAGGUUGAGAUGGAAAAGUACGUUGAGCAUAGCUUGGAGCAAAUUUAUGCUUGUCGUAAGGACUAUGACAACUUUUUGAAGGAGGUAAAAGAUUAG